CCGGCCAAGUCUACAAAUGGUGGCGCAGACAGCGCGCCGUUGUUGUCGUCGCGUUCGCUGCUCUCUUCAUUGUGCAGUUGUACGCCAGCAUGAACAAGCUCCUGUACAACAGCACCAUAUCGACGGUGAAGUGGAAGCCUUUCGAGGACGGCUUCCCGCUGCCGGCAGUGACCGUCUGCUCCGGCAGCAACAUGACGACGAACCUGACCCUGGCUGACUUUGUGCGUGACUGUGAGGUCAUCGGAACGCCCUGCACGGAGGCGCUCGGCGACUACCUGGAGGUCACCAUGGUCACGCUCUCCGAGCGGCGCUGCUUCACGUUCAAGACCAACCGAAAUGCACCUCUUAACGAGAAGAAAAAUGGCAUCCAAAUGAAGGUCAAAUUUCAGCCAAAAGAUAUAACAAAGGAUAAAGUCGAGGUGUACCUGCAUGGAAGGACCCAGGCCUACAACCCGUUCUACGUGCUGGGCCUGGACCGCAACAUUGAGCUGCCGUUGGGGAAGACCAUCAAGGUGGAGCUGAUGGUGGAGAUGUCCAGGUACCUGAAUGGUCACGGCCAAGCCUGCCGCGAGGAGGCCGACUACUCGUUCGUGGACUGCGUGCGCUUCUGCCUCGAGCAGCACCUCAUUGAGUCCGGCCCGCAGUGCAGACUAGAGUGGAUGCUUCCAAGGGACUCGGCACCUCUUUGUACAGACGAGGAGGUAGCAAGAAAUUUAAGCAUGCUUGCUAGUGACAAGGAGAGCACCAUCGCGCGUGAGUUCCCCGAGUGUGAGGCGCAGUGCGAGCCGGCCUGCCUGCUGUACAACUACCGCGGCGUCGAGUACUCCUCGCUGGUCAAUCCGAAGCUGCAGAAGACGCACAGCGCCGAGUUUAAGUUCAAGUUCAGGGACACCUGCUACACGGCCAUCGAGGAAGUGGUCAAUUACGACUUCUGGAGCAUGAUCGGUGAGGUGGGCGGCACACUCGGCUUCCUGCUGGGGCUCUCGCUGCUCUCCAUCCUGGACCUGAUCGCGGACGGCGUGAGGACGCUCAACAACUGGAGGAUCCGGCGCAAACGACGGCACGCCCGCCAACUGGUCCUCCGCGCCAAGUACUGACGGCCGCAGUACUCGUGACGUCACGGUCGCGUCACACGGGAACAGAGACGUCGCGUGCCGGCCGGAUGAUGAAUUCAUUCUCUGCUUGGCUACGGAAGGAACCAUCUCAGCACCGGGCUGAGCGCAUGUUUCUAUUGCUCAAGCUAUCUUACAGCGCUAAGUCAGUAAUAGGACUUGGCGCGCUCACUUGUCCGCGCGUCACGUUACCGGCAUUGGGCAAACGAAACAAAGGUGUUUUAGUUGGAUUUGCAGUAAAAACACGGUAAAUUUUCAUGCUUCAUUUUCGUCUUCUUUACUAAUAAUGUUUUAUUUCCGCUCUGUGAAAUCCAGAAAGCACAGGCUCGCCGGAUGGCCACUCAGCUGUUGGCGUUUUGGUCCACGGCGCUACCGUCCAGCACUAAAGCGCAAUAUAGUCAAGUCGCAAUAGUCGCAAUGUUCCAGGUCUUCAAAUUUAUUGGGUUUAUAAAACACGUUUGAGUCGUUAUAUCCCGCUCGUUGCACCACCCAUAAACAAGCCAUGUUUCGUUGGUUCAAUCGCGUCUUACAUUCAGAUAUUCACGCCAGACGCCCACCGAUCGCUUGACACCCUCUGCAGACGCUCACCGAUCGCUUGACACCCUCUGCAGACAUCUCGGGGAAAGUCACUAGAUUACUGCCUGAAAGAUCGCCAGCAGGUCCUGCGCUGGCCAGCCAACACCGGUCAAGCACGGUGGCCACCGCGGGAGCGAAGCGUGCUAUUCACAAAGGUGGCGCUACUAUCGGGAUCGGUUGCACAGGCGGCGACGCCUGCGUCAAUGUGGUGAAUAUGUCAUAGCUCAGUGUAAGUCCAGGACUGUUUCGCAUUCAUAAAUUGUUCUGACGGGCGACGGAACAAACAGAAUACCAAGCAACAAAGCCACAAGACAAGCAACGCAUCCUACUCGUGAGGAUUACUUUGACGCAAAUGAUCGACUCGUUUGACCUUAUACGCCAACCAGGGCCAAUAAUAGUGCGCAGGUAGCACUAGGUUAGCUAUAAAUGUACUGCCAAGUCAACUUCAAAGAGGAUUUGUACCGCCCAUUUUUCACAAUGAUCCAGUCACGGUAGCACAGUUCCGUAAGCCAAUGACUGAUGACCGGCUCAAUAUAAAUCGCCGUGCGUCACUUAACUCGGCACGGCACAAAAUUCAAAUGUCAUGCAGCUGCCUUGACUCUCACCUGGCUUGACCCUGACCAGACCUUACUUGACCCUGACCCUAGUAUACACGAUGGUGUGUAUCUAGCGAGGAGCCGUUCAUUGGUGUGGUGCCAGCAUGGAGUUAUCAUCUCACGUAUCGAGUUCCGAGUUCGUCAACAUAUGUCCACGAUUUUAAAGGUACCCCAUGUGAAUUGUGACGUCAUCAGCCACCCGUCAGUUGCCAGCCUAAUGUUCACCCGGGUGAGGUCCACUGGUGCUCUAAACCGAUUAGUUUGAAGUGCUGCUGUGGAAGCUUUGGGAUACCGGUCUAUGUCGUUACCCAAUAUCAAUGAGUGGUACAGUGCGUGCGAAUGCGAACUGAAAAGAACAAGAUAUGUGCGGGUUUUGACAUGAAAUAAGUUGUGGGAGCACACUCGCCUCAGGCCUGUUAUCAACG